AGUCAGAAAAUUUUAAAGUAAUCAGAUAUUUCAGUGCUUUUUGUGGCGUUUACGUCAAGCUGUGAAAAUCUUACACAUUUGUACAUUACAGAACGCCAAACCAACGACCAUUGCUCGGUCUUUCCUUCCAUUCCUCACAUCCCAUUUUCCCACAAACUUUCUCUGCAGUUUCUUGCCUCUUGAGUUUUUUUUUUUCCCGGAAAGUUUCAAGCUUCAGAAGAAUUUUCAUUUUCCCAGAUAAGUUUCCUCUCCAUAUUCUCUGAUUCUUUCUGAACUGAUAAGAUAAGAACAUCAAGAAUUUCUGUUUUGGAAAAAAAGCGUCAUUUGUUAGCUGUGUUGAAGUGGUGCUUUUUUUAUAAUCUUUAUCUGAAUUGGGGUUUGUUAAUUCUUGGAUAAGUAGUAGCAAAUCCUGAUUUGGAGUGGAAUGCUGGUUUUGUUUGUGUUUUGAGCUUAUGGUGUAUUAAAUUCAUUUCUGAGAUUAAACAAAAGGAAAAACAAAAAAAACAAAAAACAAAAAAACAUUUUGAGUUUGAAGAGAAGAACUUAGGAUUUUGAAGUUCUUUUGUAGCAAUUGACACCCAAUUGAAGGUUUUGUGUGGAAUUGGUUUCUGGGAUUUGGUGGGUUCUUUUGUAUAAGAGCUUGGUUUUUGACAUUCUUAUGUGUUUAGGAUUUGUAAUGUGUAUUUUGUUAUAGAAUUAUACUCUCAGGAUCUGAUUUUGAAGUAAAAUUGGAAGUUCUUUCCAACAUAUUUUGUUACUUUGUUGGAAGUUCCAUUUAGAAUUGGUGGUUGGGUUUGGAUUGGUUAUUGAUUUCUGUGAACUUAAGCUUGUUGGAUUCAAAUGGGGAGGCAAAGUGGAAAGAAAAAGAAACAGGCAGGAGAAACAUCAUCUGAUGCUAGUCCAAAGCAAAGCAAAAUUGGCGAUAAAAGCCCGAAGGGGUAUGAUAAAGAUACAGCAGUUUUCAUUUCUAUGUCUCAAGCAUUGAAGGAGGAGGGGAACAAGUUGUUUCAAAAGAGAGACCAUGAAGGAGCUAUGUUGAAAUAUGAGAAAGCCCUCAAAUUGCUUCCUAGAAAUCAUAUAGAUGUGUCCUAUCUUCGGAGUAACAUGGCUGCUUGCUAUAUGCAGAUGGGUCUCAGUGAGUACCCCAGGGCAGUCCAUGAGUGCAAUUUGGCUCUUGAAGUCACACCUAGGUACAGUAAAGCACUGUUGAAGAGGGCAAGGUGUUAUGAAGCUUUGAACAGGUUGGAUCUGGCUCUGAGAGAUGUCAGUACAGUAUUGGACAUAGAGCCAAAUAAUCUCAUGGCAUUAGAGAUUGCAGAAAGGGUGAAGCAGGCACUUGAGAAGAAAGGUUUAAAGGUGAAUGAUACAGUAAUUGAAUUACCUCUGAAUUAUGUUGAACCACAAUGUUCUUUACCUCCACCAAAGGUAAUGAAAGUGAAGAAACGAAAGAAGAAGAUCAACAAAGUAGAGGAGAAGAAGGCUGAGGAAGUAACCGAGGAGAAGAAGGCUGAGGAAGUAACUGAGGAGAAGGUGGCUGAAGAAAAUGUUGAGGACAAGAAGGCUGACGUUAAGGUGGUUGUGGAGGAGAAAAUUAGUAGCAUAGAGGAAGAAGUGCCUAAGAAAACUGUGAAAUUGGUUUUAGGGGAGGACAUAAGGUGGGCUCAGUUGCCGGUUGAUUGCAGCCUCUUGCAACUAAGGGAGGUUGUCCAUGACCGGUUUCCAAGCUCAAGAGCAGUUCUUAUCAAAUACAGGGACCAAGAAGAUGAUUUGGUCACAAUCACUACUGAUGAAGAACUGAGGUGGGCUGAAGCAUCAGCAGAAUCACAGGGUUCUGUAAGGCUGUACAUAGUAGAAGUUAGUCCUGAGAAGGAUCCAUUCUUUGAGAGGCUGAAUGGGAAGGUGGUGCAGAAUCAUAGUAUAAAAUGUAAUAAUAUAGCUACAAAUGGUGAUGUGGUAAAAUGCAAGAAAUUAGAGGUGACAUCUUGCAUUGAGGACUGGGUAAUCCAAUUUGCUCAGCUGUUCAAGAACCAUGCUGGAUUUGAAUCUGACACAUGCUUGGAUCUUCAUGAACUUGGGAUGAAGCUCUAUUCCGAGGUCAUGGAGGAAGCAGUUACAAGUGAGGAAGCACAAGACCUUUUCGACAUAGCAGGAGAUAAGUUCCAAGAGAUGGCAGCUUUAGCAUUGUUCAACUGGGGAAAUGUUCACAUGUCAAGGGCAAGGAAGAGGGUGUAUUUUACCGAAGAUGCUUCAAAAGAAUCUAUACUUGCACAGAUCAAAACUGCAUAUGAUUGGGCACAAAAAGAAUAUAUAACAGCAGGAAAGAGAUAUGAAGAAGCACUGAAAAUCAAACCAGAUUUCUAUGAAGGCUUUCUUGCUCUAGGGCAGCAGCAGUUUGAGCUGGCAAAACUUUCUUGGUAUUAUGCAAUUGGAAACAAUGCUGAUUUGCAAACAUGGCCUUCAACAGAUGUUCUACAACUAUUUAACAAUGCCGAGGACAACAUGGAGAAAGGUAUGCAAAUUUGGGAGGAAUUAGAAGAGCACCGCCAAAGUGAACUUUCUAAACCUAAGAAUAUUGAAACGCUGUUGCAGAAGAUGGGAUUGGAUGGGCUAUUUAAAGAUAUAUCACUGCAUGAAGCUAUGGAGCAGGCUGCAAACAUGAGGUCUCAGAUAAACAUCUUAUGGGGCACCAUGCUUUAUGAGCGAUCAAUUGUGGAAUUCAAAUUAGAUAUACCAGUAUGGAAUGAGUGUUUGGAAGUUGCAGUUGAGAAGUUUGAACUUGCUGGAGCUUCUCCAACAGAUAUAGCCGUCAUGGUGAAGAACCACUGUUCAAAUGAUAAUGCAUUGGAAGGUCUCGGGUUCAAAAUUGAUGAGAUAGUACAGGCAUGGAAUGAGAUGUGUGAAGCUAAAAGGCGGCAGAGUGAAAUUCCAUCAUUUCGGCUGGAACCAUUGUUUCGGAGGCGAGUUUCAAAAAUAUAUCAUGCCUUGGAGCAUGCAUGAGUUCCAUUUGUUACAUAGGUUGUUGAGUAUUAACAGUGAAAUAACUCACUUUUACUGCUCCAUUGCCUGGAAGAUAUAGUCUAGCAUACUGAGGUUCCUAGCUACUUAUUUAAGGUUCAGCUUUAGCCUUGUUCUUUUUUUUAGAAACAAAAAAGGAGAGUUCCAAGCAUGCAAUAUUUCUAAGAAGACAAGUUCCAACAUCUUUACACAUUGGGGAUAAGAUGAAGUUGCAGGAAGUUGCAUUUUAGUUAGUUUCUGCGUUCAACGUCAUUGCUCCCCCUUUACAGUAGCUUCUGACAGUGAGUAAAAUAUAUGUAUUUGUAAUUUAAACAGCUGCAAUUGUUAUUAUUUGUAUGCCCCAUAAGUCUGAAAUUUAUGGUUUUUGCAAUUUUGAGUCAGUUUUUCAUUUGUAAUAGUUAGUUAUGUUUUCUUAGAAUUUCCAGGUUUCUUAUCCUUGUAUUGAUUUAAUGGACCUGUUGGUUAUUAUUAAGACCAUCAUUGGAAAGAAACUUUUUAAGUUUAAUUGCAAACUCAUAUAGCUAGUUA